AUGGAGAAUUUGCAGAAGAAGCAGCAGCAGCAGAAUGAUACUCCCGCGCCUACCAAAGUCUCGUUCCUCAAUUGCAUCGAUCUUUCCAACCCUGAUAUUCACCUAUCUGUUUCUCUUCUCAAACAGGCAUGCUUGGAUUGUGGAUUUUUUUACGUGAUAAAUCAUGGGAUAACCCCAGAAUUUAUGGAGGAGGUGUUUGCGCAGAGCAAGAAAUUUUUUGAAUUGCCAUUAAGUGAGAAGAUGAAGGUUUUAAGAAAUGAAAAGCACAGAGGCUUUACCCCUGUUUUGGAUGAGCUUUUGGAUCCUGAUAAUCAAGUUCAUGUAGGAGAUUAUAAGGAGGGGUAUUACAUUGGAGUUGAACUCCCUGAAGACGAUCCUGAAGCUGAGAAACCGUUUUAUGGUCCAAAUGUUUGGCCUGAAGAAGAUAUUUUGCCUGGUUGGAGGCAGACUAUGGAAAAGUUUCAUCGAGAAACAUUAGAGGUAGCAAGAGCAGUUGCACGGAUCAUAGCACUUGCACUUGAUCUGGAGGCUGAUUUUUUUGAUAAGCCAGAAAUGCUAGGCCAUCCGAUUGCAGUCAUGCGUUUACUGCACUAUGCAGGUCAGAUUUCUGAUCCUUCAAAGGGAUUAUAUGGAGCUGGAGCACAUUCUGAUUAUGGUCUGAUUACUCUCUUAGCCACAGAUGAUGUUUAUGGCCUCCAAAUAUGCAAGGAUAAAGACGCUCAACCUCAAGUAUGGGAAUUUGUGGCACCACUGAAAGGAGCAUUCAUAGUGAAUCUUGGUGACAUGCUGGAGCGCUGGAGCAACUGUAUUUUCAAGUCCACAUUGCACAGAGUUUUAGGGAAUGGUCAAGAGAGAUAUUCUAUUGCCUAUUUUGUGGAACCUAGUCAUGAUUGUCUUGUGGAAUGCUUGCCAACCUGCAAGUCAGAAAAAAAUCCCCCAAUGUUUCCUCCAAUCAAAUGUGGGGCUUACCUUAGUCAACGCUACAAGGAUACUCAUGCUGAUCUGAAUGUAUACAACAAACAUCAAAGUUGA